AUGUCAGCUUUUAAAAUUCUCGCCGCCAUUUUCAUGGUCAUUGGUUCUUUGUCUUCACUUGGAGCGGCUGCACCAAAUGAAUACAUUAUCGUCCUCAAAGCGGGCAUAUCUGCGCGCAGCGUUGACGCCCACGUCGGAGAGGUUCAUGGAAUGCAUGCCAACUCUCUGGGUCGCCGAGAGCUCAAUCUUCCUGGCGUUGAGGAUAUUUAUUCCAUUGGAACCUUCCAGGGCUAUUGUGGUACCUUUGACAAUGACACCAUCUCAAAGAUCCAGGCUAUGCCAGAGGUUUCUAGCGUCUGGCUUGAUGAAGGUGCUGAGGAGCUGGCCUGGGUCAAACAGGACAACGCGGAACACGGCUUAGCCUCACUGUCCAGUCGCGGCCCGGGGCAGACGGCUUUCUCCUACGAGGAUACUGCUGCAAAGGGGCUCUUUGCCUACGUCGUCGACUCGGGCAUCCAGGCUGACCAUCCAGACUUUGGCGGACGAGUUACCCGAGGAUUCAGCAUCAACGGAAACUAUGACAACAUCCGUCCCCACGGAACCAUGGUGGCCGGCGUUCUUGCUUCCAAAACCUACGGAGUUGCGAAGAAUGCCCAGAUUAUUGAUGUUCGAGCCAACGAAAUUGGAAACAGCAAGGCUGCGUGGGUUCUUUCUGGUAUCAACUGGGCCGCCAAGGACAUCAUCGACAAGGGCCGAACUCGUCAAGCCGUCAUCAAUGUUUCACUCAACGCCAAAGCAUCUGUGGCUAAGGUAUCAGAUAUGUUUGCCCCGCCCGACAAGUCACCAGUCAACCUGGCUGUAGAGGCUGCUUUCAAGCUUGGCGUUCUCACUGUCGCCGCCGCCGGCAAUGAAAACACGUCGGAUCCCGUAACCGUUACUCCCGGCUCGGCCCGCAAUGCCCUCACUGUCGGCGCAAUCGACCGAGACUGGAAAUUCUCGGGUAACUUUUCCAACCACGGGUCCAUGGUCGAUAUCCUCGCUCCCGGAACCAAUGUUGUUACCAUCUCGAGCGCACAGACUGGCCCGGUGAGGGUGGACGGGACUUCGUUCGCGUCGCCGUACGUUGCCGGCGUUGCACUCAGUUUAUCGGCAUUGGAAAAGUUCGGCUCGGUCCAGGAGCUGGUUGACAGGAUCAAGGCUCUCGGCACGGCUGGCAAAGUCACCGGCUUACCGCCCAACACUGUCAACUUGGUUGCUUUCAACGGCGCCCCCUCGGCGUGA